UUUUCCUUAUUCUUUUCUCAGGUAAUUAAGUAUCUUAAUACAACUAUAAAACGAGUCAAAGGACCAAAUAUUUAAUUAAAAUCUGAUGGCAUCCACGUAUGCAUCACCACCUGGCUCAGUAUAUUCAUAUGCAACGUCAACAAAAUCUGCUCGAAGCACGUCAUCAAGGAACACCGAGUUUUCUUACACAGUUGGUGAACAACAUGGAAGGAAUAAGUUGUGCACAACAGCGGGGGAAAAGAGUUACAAAUAUCUACGAAGGUUAAUUCGAUUCCGACAAAUGGAUUUCGAGUUUGCACUUUGGCAAAUGAUGCAUUUAUUUAUUGCUCCACAAAAAGUAUACAGAAACUUCCAAUACAGAAAACAAACAAAGAAUCAAUUUGCUCGAGAUGAUCCUGCUUUUCUUGUGCUUCUAAGUCUUUGUUUUUGCGUUACAUCAAUCGGGUUUGGUCUUGUUAUGAAGUUAUCCGCUUUAAAAAUAUUUAAACUGCUGCUGUGGGUGGUGUUGGUGGAUUGUAUAUUUGUGGGGGUGAUUAUUGCUACAGCUAUGUGGUUCCUAACCAAUCGGUUCUUGGUUCACAUAUCAAGGGUUGGACAAGAUAUUGAAUGGGCUUAUGCAUUUGAUGUUCAUCUGAAUGCUUUCUUCCCUGUACUCAUGAUAUUACACUGUCUGCAACUGUUUCUUAUCAAUCCUCUUAUUGAUAAAGAAUAUUUUAUAUCAACGUUGGUUGGAAACACGUUCUGGCUGAUUGCUCUGGGCUAUUACAUCUACAUUACCUUCCUUGGUUAUAGUGUUCUCCCAUUUGUGAAAAAAACAGUUGCCCUACUUUCUCCAAUGGUCUUAUUGUUCAUUAUUUAUUUCAUCACACUUGCAUGUAAAUGGAACAUCACGCGUGGUUUACUAUGGUUCUACAAGCAUAGGGUAUAAUGUAUUGAAAUUGUAAAUGUAUAUAUUGUUAUAUGGGGAAUAAAUAUACAAGUAACACAAAA